ACAACAUCAUGGCCGAGUCCAUCCCCCUCUACGUCGUAGACGGCAUCGCGACGAUUUGGGAUGCGCAGGCCGUCGCGACCGCGCACUGCGCGUACGACAUCUCGGGCUUGCGCGCCGGCACGCUCCCGGGCGUCGUGCAGCAGAACGCGUUCCUCGGCCUCCCCAUGACGCUCAUGCCGGAAGAAGCGGCACAUCUCGUGAAGCAAGGCGCGGCCCACCUCGUCCCGCUACCCCGCGUGCGCCCGCCCUCGCGCGCCGCCGUGGCGCAGCGCACUGCCGCCCGCGUAGCGCGGAACCGCGCGCUCGCGUACGCCGCGUGGGCGGACGAGGACGCGCGCGCGGCCGCGAGCGCCGCGAAAGCGCAGGGCGUGGGUGCGGAGAAGCGGGCCGCGCGCGCGCUGAAGCGCGCCGAGGUCGCGCGGGACAAGGCGCUCGCGGACGGCGAGGACGCGGAGAGCGUGCGCGCGCGAUACGAAGCGGCCGUUGCGGCGGCCACGGCGCCCCCGCCGCCCGUGGCGCCGCGCGAGCGCGGCACGCCCACGUCCGAGAACACGAACUUGUUCGCUGUCGUGCCGGCCAUGCCGGUGGUUGAUUUGUGGGAGGAGGAAGGAAGGGGGGAGGUGGAGGUGGAGGUGGAGGGCGAGGGCGAGGGAGAUGGAAAGACGGGGCUGGGGCAGCACGCGGGAGCCGGCGACCCCGCGUCGGCGAGCUCCAGCGUCCAGUACUUCCCUCGUAGCGUGCGCGAUCGCGCACUCGCGGAUACUUUCGCCGCGCUUAAUGCCCGCGGGUUGCGCAUGGGGCUUGGGCCGCGCUUUGGCGGCGAAUGGCUCGUCUACCCCGGAGACUACCUCCGCUAUCACGCACACUUUACCAGCCAGGUGAUCGUGCGCGACGAGCCCAUCCGGCCAGCCGAGCUCGUCGCGUGGGGACGCUUGGGAACGGGCACGAAAAAGGCUGGCUUGCUGUGCUGCUGGGAUGACGGGGUGCGUAAGGACGAGACGGUCAAGAGCACGGAGAGGAAAGACGGCGAGAGCGACGUCGUGUUCUACUCCCUCGAGUGGGCAAACUUCGGGUAGGCACUCGUUGGGUAGGCAGCGAUCCACAUGUAUACUAUCUUGGACACAACAUACAUCCCUAUACACCAAAGUUCCCAAUGCACCC